GGGAAUAUGAUACAAGGAAACCAUUGCAGAGUCUCUUACCCGCUGUGUCUUAUCUCUUGCAGAGUCUCUUGUCUGUAAUGUUAAGUUUCGCCUGGAUCCUGUUGCUAACUACGAGUGUAGUUGCGCUUGAUGAGUAUAAACCUACAUGGAGUUCCUUAGACGCCAGACCUCUGCCGCCUUGGUAUGAUGAGGCGAAAGUCGGCAUCUUCCUGCACUGGGGCGUGUUCUCCGUACCAAGCUAUGUGUCCGAGUGGUUCUGGUGGUACUGGCUGGGCCAAGGUCCUCCCAGCGACCCGUUGCCAGCUUUGUUUAUGGCAGCCAACUAUCCUCCAAGAUUUACGUACCCAGAGUUCGCUAAGGAUUUCACCUGCGAGUUUUUCGAUCCUUAUGAAUGGGCACGGCUUUUUAAGAAAGCUGGAGCAAGAUAUGUUGUGCUAACAACAAAGCACCACGAAGGGUUCACGCUGUGGCCGUCAAGUGUAACAUUUAACUGGAAUGCUCGAGACGUCGGACCCAAAAGGGAUCUCGUAGGGGACUUGUCUAAAGCAAUUCGGUCAGAAACAGACAUCCAUUUUGGUGUUUACCACUCCCUCUUCGAGUGGUUCAAUCCGCUCUAUCUCAAGGACAAGGCAGCUAACUUCACUACAGACUACUUCGCUAAGAACAAAACUUUGGUGGAGUUGUACGAGCUAGUGAACACAUAUAAGCCCGACGUGGUAUGGUCUGAUGGAGACGCUGGGCCCGACACAUACUGGAAAAGCAAGGAAUUUCUGGCUUGGUUGUACAACACGAGCCCAGUGAAAGAUGUCGUCGUCACCAAUGACCGUUGGGGCACAGGCACGAGCUGCAGGCACGGGGGUUUUUAUUCCUGUGAAGAUCGCUACGAUCCAGGCAAACUGCAGCCACACAAAUGGGAAAAUGCUAUGACCCUGGACAGACGCUCGUGGGGGUACAGAAGAGACGCCACACUGGCAGACAUUUACAGAAUCGAAGACCUCAUCGCUCUUCUUGCAAAGACCGUGUCCUGUGGCGGUAACAUUCUGAUCAACGUCGGACCCACCAGUGACGGAAGGAUCGCUCCGAUAUACCAGGAACGGUUCACACAGCUUGGCCAGUGGUUGAAAGUCAACGGUGAAGCCAUCUACUCGACGACGCCUUGGGUCUGUCAGAAUGACAGCGCGAACGCAAACGUCUGGUACACCAGCAAACCCGAUGGCAGAGGAUCAAAAACUGUCUACGUGAUUGUGCUGAAGUGGCCGAAGCUUAGCGUCCUGGAACUGGGAUCGCUUACAGUACAAAACAGCACCGUGGUUACUAUGCUGGGGACAAAUGCUCGGCCUCAUGUCGUGCCACGAUACUCAGGAACAGUUGUCAAAAUGCCGGACCUGACUCCCGACCUCCUUCCCACACCAUGGGCUUGGGUUCUGAAAGUAACUGGUCCGGCUGAAGGCUACUGCCCUCAUUUCAGUAUCAUGAGGACAACAAAUCGGGAUAUUAACUGAAGCCCAUGUAGUGAUGCGACAUUGAUUUUUAUGGUACGCGAUGAACCUCGUUGUCGGUCUCGCUGUUGUCAGUUUAGUGUGUUUCAAAUAAAUCUGUUCCUGUACACGUGGAACGGUAGACGUA